CUCGACUCUGUUGGGGAAAAAAGCAGACAUGAGCUCUGAAGAGGUUGUUGUGGAGGAGCCUGUGCUGUCUGAGGACCUGAAGAGGCUGCUGACAAGGAAGCAGGAGCUCGAGUCGGAGCUGGUCAACGUGGAGCGGAGGAUCUAUCGACUGGAGGAGAACUACCUCCAGGAUACGGCGGCUCUGGGCAACAUCGUCAAGGGAUGGGCCGGGUACUUGUCGUCAAGGUCGUUGGAUCAGAUCAAGCAAGUCACUCGCAAAGUCAAGGACUCGGAGCGUCUCUUUACCUUUUCGUCCACGUCGGGUCUGGCAAACAACUCGGCAGAGCCAGACGACUAUGAUGACGAGCCGCGCCGGAAGCGCAGAAAGCACAAACGGAAGUCUGCAGCUAACGGGGACUGGAACUGAUCGUCAUCUCUGUCCUCAACCCGUGGAGCGAGCGAGGACUGGAGAGAGAUGGGGGGGGGGGGGGGGGGCGACUUGCCGCCGCUGUUGAUCGCCCUUGUGCUACUGUGCUGCUGGUCUUGGCGCCGACUCGGGCAUCUACGUCGAGGUGCCUACGCCCACGCCCACACCCACGCCCACACCCACACCCAAAGUUCCAGAACGACUGCGAACUGUAACGCGUGCUGCGUCGCGGACUCGCUACUUUGGGUGAACCAGCGAUGACGAUCGUCGCC